UUGCCUUGGCAAAGGUUAUCCAUCAGAACUAAGCUACUGUAUUCUCUCUUUGGACUCUUGGGACUGUCCCCGCUCUUAAGGUGGGGGCAUGCGUGCCAUGAUGGGGUGCCAGAGAGGCGUACACUUUGUUUGUCCGCUAUCAUUCACCUCACCCAUACACACAGGGCCCCACACAAAGUGAAACAAUUGUCCGACAAAAACAACACAUUUUUGGAUUUACAUAUUUGUCUUUAUUUUGUUGUUUUAUUAUUUUAUUCAAGCUUUUCGGCCGAGGGCAUGAUGCCCCGCCGAUGCAAAUCAGAUUCAGUCUGAUUCGGGUUUUGAGUGCGUCUGGUUCUCCAUAGAGCGGGAUACUCGCACAAGUAAAUCUCUUGGGGCUCGCAAGCGAUACGAAGCAUUUAUAUCCAUAGUGACUGCGGUAGCCCUCGAAGAUGCCUCUUCAGCCAGCUCUGCCCCUUUGAAAGACACCACGUGUGUUUCCGAUAAGCUACAUUUCCAUACACCAUAUGUACGUACAUGUGCGAGAGUGGAGUGUCGUGUGUGUGCGCGAGUAUAAAAUAAAGCUGAAAACAGAAAAACUGAAUAAAAGCAUGUGGAAGAGCGCGAAAUAAAAAGAACUGUGUUUGAAUCGUCGGACGAGCUCCACGCUGGCACUGAGCACGCUGAAACCGUGCUGAUAAAACAAGUAACGCAAAACCCCUCUGGAGACCGCAUAGAGCAAUGGUCUUGCAAAAGUUUAAAUAAAAGUAAAAAUCAAAACAAGGAACACCAAUAACCAUCGCUAUAAGAAACAGGAAAUCCUAGAGGGAUUCAAGAACCCCUCGACAGCAACCCCUAACUCAAGUCUCUUUCUUGAGCAAAGCCCAAACCAAAGUUGUGUAUAAUGGCGCGUAUUCAAGCGAGCGAUUCUCUUAUACCCCGACAAAUAUUUGAGAUGCCUCCCGCCGAGCAGUCGAGCCGGGAGAACCAGUCCUCCGCGGACAGUGACAGCCAGGGUUCCGGGGUGAAGCUCAAGAAGCAGAUCGGCCUGCUCGAUGGCGUGGCCAUCAUCGUGGGUGUCAUCGUGGGCUCCGGCAUCUUCGUCAGCCCCAAAGGUGUGCUCAAGUUCUCCGGCUCAAUUGGACAAUCGCUCAUCGUCUGGGUGCUAUGUGGUGUUCUCAGCAUGGUCGGCGCCCUGUGCUACGCGGAACUGGGCACAAUGAUACCCAAAUCCGGAGGAGAUUACGCCUACAUUGGCACAGCCUUUGGUCCGCUGCCUGCUUUCCUUUAUCUGUGGGUCGCCCUGCUGAUUCUGGUGCCCACGGGAAAUGCUAUCACGGCCCUGACCUUUGCCCAGUACCUUCUGAAGCCCUUCUGGCCCUCCUGCGAGGCGCCCGCCGAGGCCGUACAGCUGCUGGCGGCUGCCAUGAUAUGUGUGCUGACCGUGAUCAACUGCUACAAUGUCAAGUGGGUGACACGUGUGACGGACAUAUUCACGGGCACCAAGGUGGUGGCCCUUCUAGUUAUUGUCGGCGCAGGCGUCUGGUACUUGGCCGAUGGCAAUACGGAGCACUGGGAUAAGCCCUUCAGCGGGGGCAAUCUUUCCCCGGGAUACAUUGCCCUAGCGUUCUACAGUGGCCUCUUCUCCUACUCCGGCUGGAAUUACCUCAACUUUGUCACGGAGGAGCUGAAGGAUCCCUAUCGCAAUCUCCCCAAAGCCAUUUGCAUCUCUAUGCCCGUAGUGACGAUCAUCUACAUGGUCACGAACGUUGCUUACUUUUCGGUGCUGUCCACCGACGAAAUACUCUCAUCGGAUGCGGUGGCCGUCACCUUUGGGGACAAGAUGCUUGACUAUAUGUCCUGGGUGAUGCCCUUUGCCGUAGCCUGCUCGACUUUUGGCUCUCUCAAUGGCGCCAUCUUUGCAUCGUCCAGACUGUUCUUCGUGGGGGCACGCAACGGACACCUGCCGGCGGCCAUUUCCCUCAUCAAUGUCAACUGUCUUACCCCGGUGCCAUCGCUGAUAUUCCUGGGCGUUCUCACCCUCUUGCUGCUGUUCAUCAAGGACACCUACGUGCUGAUCAACUACGUCAGCUAUGUGGAGGCCCUGUUCACGCUCAUCUCGGUGUCGGGUCUGCUGUGGCUGCGCUAUAAGCAGCCCAAGACAGAGCGGCCCAUACGGGUCAACCUGGCCCUGCCGAUCAUCUAUCUGAUCGUUUGCCUCUUCCUGGUGAUAUCCUCGUUCUCGCAGUCGCCCUACGAAGUGGGCAUUGGCACAAUAAUCAUCCUGUCCGGCAUUCCGGUCUACUAUCUGACCAUUCACCAUCCGGUCAAGUGGCUGGCGGACACCUCGCAGUCCAUCAAUCUGUGGUGCUCCAAGUUCUUUAUUUGCAUGCCCAAUCAGGAGAAGUUCGAUUAGAGACUGGAUCAGAGAGGAAAAGAAGGAAAGGUGCCUUCCGCGAAUGCAUCGAUCGGGCCCAAGUCUCAAGCUAUCGCUAAGUUAGAUUAGAAAUUUGGAGAUUUUGAAUUCAACGCACAACAUUACAAAAGUGUUAUUGUAAAUAACUCAAAGGCAUUCUGGCAGCAGAACUUUGCGCGAAUUAUUAUAAUUACCUAUUCAUAAUUUUAAUAUUACUUGUCUCUCUCCCCCACCAAAAAAAACAACAACAAAAACAAUUCCUCGGAAACACAAGCAAAAAAAUACACGACACAAUACCCACAAUACCCAAUAUUUUACCUAUUUUAACAUAGUACAUUUGCACCCGUACAUAUGUACGUCUCUGUAAUUAAGAAAUAAUUUAGUAAUUAUUUUAUUAUGCCCGAAGUAAUUUUUGCAAAAUGUAAAAACCGAAUUUCUUCUGUAUAAGAAUUAAAUUAAAAAUAUAUAUAAACGCCAGAGAAAUGUGAAA